CAACGGCGCGGCGUCAAGCGCAUAACAUAAUAAGAAAAGCAUUUCAACAACAUGAGCGGGAAAAGCAUUACGCCCUUUUUAUAACAUAAAAUACAAAAUAUUGUAUAUUUUAACGCUUUUAAGAUGUCGUUUAGCUAGUCUAUCAAAGUGUUAUUUCAGGUCUUUAAGAUGAGUUCAAAGUUUUACAUUUACGGUGGCGGGCGUUGGCGGGAGAUUGAGUUGGACACUGGCAAUGUGUCGGGCUGGGGUCGUCCCAGCUUUGUGUACCUACAUGACGGGAAGCUGGUGAUGGCGAAGCGACGGCGGGUGCUGCGCGCGCUCAGGUCGCUGGCGGCUGGCCGUGCCUCCGCCGCCAAAGAUAGCUUCGAGUUAAGUGAAUAUGAACCUCCUCAAGUACCAAGUUUGAAAGACCGGAAGAAGUGUCAUGUCCACCAACAGCAGACAUUGAUCAGAUCUAUUAAUGAUGAUGAUUGUACACGAUGCAAUGAUGAAAGAUUCAACAAUGUAUUGAAAGUGACCAGCAGUGUGGGCACACAGUGCACCUCCACUGUGGACGCCAGCAACCAAGUCUCCGCCACUAUGAUCUCUCCACAAGCUUGUUCUAACAAUACAAAUUCACUUAAAACAUUACCAUUAAGAAGAAAAGGAAAAUUUAUUAAAAGUAAAUCAAAAAAUGUAAAUAAAUGUAAACAAAGAGAAGAUAGAGAACCUGCACAAACUGUUAUAACCAAAGAUCAUACAAAAAGAUUAGAAAAAACAGAUAAUUUAAAAAAUAGAGAAGAAUUGAUGCAGAAUACUAAGAAACAUAGACAAGAAGUAAAAGAAAUAUUAAUAGAAGAUGAUGUAGUUGAAAUUCUACGACGGUACCUGAAGAAGAACAACUUGGGAGUUGAUUCAGAGAGAUAUGAUGUUGAUGAUGCAUACAAAGAACAUGUGUUUUAUAAAAUCAAUCCACUGGUUGUUGUUGAACAAUGUCCUCAGAUAAAGAGGAUGCUCCAGGGCAGCAGAACUGAUGAUGUCUCCGAGAAGGAUUUCAUGACCAGUCUCGGUCUGCAGACUAACGCGGAGCGAGCCUCAGCCAAGAGAUACAGAAAUCAAAGCACAUCUUGUUCCUCAAUGCAAUCUUUACAAGAUAAUAACGAGAAUGAAUUACAGAAUAUCUCUUUCAGUUUACGUAAACGUACAAAACGUUUAAAAGGUUCAGAGUUUAAGAGAUAUAAAUCUUGUGAGAAGAAGGACAAGCAGCUCAGUCCGCAGAAGAUGAGAGAAGCUGUUUUAGUGAGCAGUAACAGUGACAGUGAUUUCCAAGAUUCACAAUUAUCACGCACAUUGCAUGUCCGGCCAAGAGUGAAUGGGUUGCGUGUCACCGCAUCACCUGUCAAUGCAGCACCUGGUGACAGCGCAGUGAGUGUCAGCAGAGCGGCACGCGGGUACUCGCCGCUGGAGGACCAGGCGAUCAUAUCGUGGGUGCAGCGCGACGGACGCGCUCACCUCGUCAACGGCAACCGAGUGUGGCGCCAGCUGCAGCCGCACCACGCCGCCACCACCGGCGUCUCGCGGACGUGGCACUCUCUGCGCAACCGUUAUCUGCGCCAUAUCCUGCCCGCGCUCUCCACCCUCGCGCCCGCACCACUCGCCGUCCAUCUGCGCGCUGCCGCCGCCACAGGUGAAAUAAAGUACCGGAAACAGAAGAAACCUGCCAACAACUCAAUAUUCGCGAUGCCCCGCGUACGUAGCGCCUUCGCCCCGCGACGCGCCCGUAUCGCCUCCUCACUCAGCCCCUCGCCCCCACCCACUCACCCGCCCAGCCCACCACGCAGGGCUAAGGCCAUCUCCUCGACAACGGUCAGUCCACCACGCAAGACCAGAGCCAUCUCCUCGACAACGACAAGUCCUCAACGCAAGGCCAGGGCCAUCGCCACAACGGCUAGUCCACCACGCAAGACCAGAUCCAUCUCCUCGACAACGACAAGUCCUCAACGCAAGGCCAGGGCCAUCGCCACAACGGCUAGCCCACCACGCAAGACCAGAGCCAUCACCUCGACAACGGCAAGUCCCCAACGCAAGGCUAGGGCCAUCUCCACGACAGCGGCCAGUCCCCCAUACACAGGCAAGCGCAGGGCCAUGGCGAACUCUACGAGCACAGCCAGCAGCUCGCCCAGCCCCGUGCCCACCGGUAGCUCCACACCCACACAACUCCAGAUCCAGGAAGUUCAUACUGUCCCAGGGAGAUCUAGACUUAGCAAACGUUACUCUGACCUGCGACGAAUAUUCCAAGACGUGGAGGAGUCGUCGGACGAGGCGCCGCGGGUGCUGCGCCCCCGGCCCUCGCAGGCGCCCCGGCCUUCGCAGGCGCCUCGGCCCUCGCAGGCGCCCCGGCGCUCCGUCAUGCAGGACUCCGGACGCGCGCUGCGGCUGGAGCCCAAGAAGAGACGGCUCUAUAACCCUGAAGUGAUUUGAUACAAAAUAUGUGUUGUGUGGAGUGACAUUGUGCGGACUACAUGUGGACUGCAACAAACAUUUUACAGUCAAAUUAUAUUUUAUACCAAAUCAAGACUAAAAAUUAUUAAUUCAACAUUAUUUACUAGCCCUUGCUUCAGUUGAAAGCUUAAAUAACACAACGGAAGCAUGUCAAAUGUGACACGUAGCGGCCAUUAUAAUAUUUCACUUUAUUAAUUAUUUUGAGAAAAUUCUUAUAUAAAGUGAAGUUAAUAUUUUAGAAUU